UGGAACUUCGGUUUUUUCGGUCGGCUGCCUUCUUCGCAACGCAUCGGACUUAGCUGUGUCUGGGUGUGUGCCACACGAUGUGGAGGAGGAAGAACCGCUCGCAUCACCCCAGCAGCAGUGAUAAGGGGAAAGAUGGAGCGGCUCAAUCAAUGAACGCAGUGCCACCGGCUGAUCAAGUGGACGCCCUCUUCGAAGAUGUUCUUCGCGAGUUGAAUGUGCCGAAGAGCAAGCAGCAGGCGUUGCGUGAAAAGCCGCUGAUGGAGAAGUGGCAGCUCAUCCAGGCCCACAAGCAGGUGCAAGCAAAGCACGAGGAAGAAGACGGGGAUGAGGUGACGCUGGAGAAGCGGCUGGAUAACAUCAAGUGCGCGCUGGAGGACGAUUCCGACCAGUCCAUCGAGACGUGCACGCGGGAGCUGGAGAGCCUCGCCGUCGCUCUUCGCUCAAACCCAAUGAGCUUCAUCGAGCAGUUUGUGGGGUUGGACGGCCUGACGCUGCUGCUCGACAUUCUCGUCUCCAUGACCCCCAAUCAGAGGCAUUCGAACCAGCACCACCAGCUAAUGAAGUGUCUCCAGGCGCUCAUGAACAACGCGUACGGCCUCAAGUGCGUCCUCUCGCAUCCAAGCAGCUUAAAGAUUAUCGCGCGGUCGCUCACGUCCCGUGACCAGACCAUCCGUCUCAUGGUGCUUGAGCUGCUGGGUGCAGUGUCGCUGCUGCCAGAGGGGCACCGAAAAGUGCUGGAAGCCAUGACGGCUUUUCGCUCGUACGCUGGCGAGCUGGCGCGAUGGCAGACGGUUGUCAUGGAGUUGGCUCGCAAGACGCAGAACCUCGCCUAUGAUGCAGAAGCAAAGAUGAAGGUGCUGUCGCUGCUGAAUGCGGUCAUCUGCGGCGGUCCCGGUCGCCGCUCCGUCGCGUUCCGUCUGCACAUCCGCAACGAGCUUGAGGCGUUUGGUCUGCGCCAAAUCCUCGCACAGCUAAAGCGGAUCAAACAUCCGCAGCUGCAGCGCCACAUUGAGAUCUACGAGGAGGUGGCGCUGGACGACGAGGACGAGCUCGCAGAGGCAAUGCAACUGCCCGAACAAACGAUUGUCGACCAGCAGAGUCUAGUGGCGAUGGCGGAAGCCCUGGACACCAGUUUCAAGGCCACACCAGGCUACGUGUUUCUCAAGUCUGCGUUUGCGCACAUGAUGCUGCUGUCAACGAGCAGCAACCUGACCAUUCUCCCUUACAAGCUUCGCCUCAUCGACGAGGUCAUCAGACACGUCAGCAUGCGCGAAGAAGACGGAAGUGUUGCGCUUGAUCUGGACAUCACUCCGUUUGAUCUCAACAUCAAAGACAUUAUCAGCCACUACACCAACAAGGACGAGGUGGACGCUGCACUGCAAGCGCAGCAGAAGGCGCUGGAGGAGAAGACGCGCAUGGAUGACCUGCGACGCAAAGCGGAGGAUUUGGCGCAGAAGACGCAGGCGGAUUCGGUUGCCCUUAAGCGGCAGUACGAGCUGAAGGUGAAAAAGUUGAAGAAGGAUGUAGAGAAGGAGCAGGCAGCGAAGCAGAAGGCAAAGGACGACCUCGAGCAGACAAAGACGCAGAUGCAGCAGCAAAUCGCACAGCAGGCCCAGGAGUUGGCGGCGCUGCGAGCGCAAAUUCAGGCGCUCAACACAGAAAUUGCACAGUUGAAGGCUGGCGGAGCGGUCAAGGGCAGCGUGCCCGGCGCCAGCGCCUCUGGCACGGCAACAGCACCAGGGGACGCUGCCAGCACCGCUGCUGCUGCUGGCGGCUUCACCAUCACGGCGCCGUCUGCAACAGGGAGCACAGCCGGCUCUCUCGCUGGCUCGGCCGUUCCACCGCCACCUCCGCCGCCGGGGCCAGGGAUGGCACCACCGCCACCGCCACCGCCUCCCGGUGCAACAGGUGCGCCACCGCCUCCGCCGCCACCAGGAAUGGGAGCUGGAGCGUCCGUGUUUUCGCUGCCACCAAAGGAUCCACCAAAGUCCUCCGUUCAGCUCAAAUCGCUCAACUGGAGUAAAAUUCCGCUGCCGAAGCUGCGCGACACAAUCUGGGCGGAUGUGCACGAGAGCGAGAUCUACGACGUGAUGGAUUUGGAGGAGUUUGAUCACGUGUUCUCCGCGUACCAGCGCAAGCAGGGCGCGGGCGCCAUUGCCAGCAAAGGCGGUCUUGCGGACAAAAAGCAGAACAGAGAGAUUUCUGUUGUCGACUCGCGGCGUGCCCAGAACUGCGCCAUUCUCCUCUCCCGCCUCAAGCUCAACAACAGGGAAAUCCAUCAUGCCAUCAUGUCCCUGGAUGAGGAGCACAUGAUUGACAACGAUAUGGUUGAGCUCAUGCUCAAGUACAUUCCCACCGCAGAAGAGGCCUCCAUCCUCGCCCCUUUCUCAGACAAGGACUACUUGUUUGCGCCGGCCGACCGGUUCCUGUGGGAAAUGAGCAAAAUUCCGCGAUAUGAGCAGCGUCUUCGCGUCCUCGCGUUCAAGCGCAAGUUCCGCGAGCGGGCCGACAGCAUCCACCCCAAGAUUGCCGCUGUGCACACGGCGUCAGAGGAGCUCAUCACCAGCGAAGGCAUCAAGCAGUUCUUGCAGAUUGGGCUCGCCGUCGGCAACUACAUGAACAAAGGGGCACGUGCGAACGUGCACGGCUUCAAGCUCGACGGUCUGCUGAAGAUUGCGGACACGCGGUCCGGUCGCAGGAAGGACUUCAACCUCCUCCAUUACAUUGUGGACCUCGUUGACUCCAUGCCCAUGCUGAAGCCGGCCCAGAAUGUGGUGGCGGAGCUGCCGCACGUGCCUGAGGCGGCCAAGGUGAAUCUUGUUGAGCUCAACAAGGAGAUGGAUGUCCUGAAGCGCGGCCUCAAGCUCAUGCAGGCGGAACUCAAGUGGCACCAGAACAACGAGAAACCACUGGAGGAAGACUGCUUUGUUGACAUCAUCGAGGACUAUGAGGACCAGGUCCGAGAGGAGCUGCAGACAAUGCAGAACAACUACAAGCAGAUGGAGGAGGCGUUUAAGAAGACGGUUGAGUUCUUUGCUUACGAAGCCAAGAAACCAGAGCCGCACGAGUUCUUCUCCAUCUUCUCAGGGUUCUUUGAGCAGCUUGAGACGGGACGACGGGAGCUGGCGGCGAUCAAGAAGCGCGAGCGCGAGGAGAGGGAGCGGCGUGAGCAAGAAGAAGAAAUGGAGCGGGAGCGCAAGCGAAAGGAGGAGGCAGCGGCUGCGCGGCAGUCGGCGGGACGAACGAACACCGUCACUCGCUCCUCGAGCAGCAAAGACGACGUCGCAGAGAACGCAAACUUGGACGACCUCGUCAGCGUAUUGACCACAGGCGAUUUUUCUCAGGCCUUGAACUCACGUAGACGCGAUAGAGGCGGAGACAAUCCGAUUCGCCGCCCCCGCCGUCGGCGUCAGCCUUGAAGUGGAACACGUUUCCGUCCUUGUGUUGGCGACAAUGCGUGUGUGCUCUUGGCAUGCACGCUACAAAGAGACCGUGAUUGUAACAUGCUCCACACAUACAUACGCCCAACUACCCUUCUUCCCAACGUGUUUGUUGACUUUCCGUACUCCGGUCUCCCGUGGCGGCGCACACAGUCUUGCCGUGCUUACGUUGCGUUUACAUUAGAACUUGCUUUGUUGACCUUCCCAUUCCUCCCAUCUUGUAUCCAAUUGCGCGUUGUAGCGCGUUGUGUUGUCGGCUUGGCACACUUUUCCAGCCAACCAUCUCCUUAUUUGCCCCAUCCCCCAUGUUAUCUUGCUGCACUGGGCUGCUUUGCAUCUGUGUGCUGCUUCUUCCCUUGUCUUGGUGCUGUUGCGGUAUCACCCUCGCUCACAGACGCAAGGGAACAAGCAACAAAUACACCCUACGCGCGCUUACGCUUGCUUCAUGCUGUUGCUGUAUUGGUGGUGAUGUGCUGUUCAUCGUUGCAACGAACUGAAUACGCACAGGGGUUGGUGGGCAUGCGUGUCAUGGUGUAACCACACAAGAAUUGACGUGAAUGCAAGCACAAACAAAAGCACG